AUGGAAGCGGGUUUCAACAGAUUGAACGAUGUCACAAUUUUACAAGCUUCACAAGGGUUAGCUAGUUAUAUUACUUCCCUGAAUACAAAGACUCAACAAUCAGUCGUUAUUGGUCAUGAUCAUAGGUUGAACUCAAAAAGGUUUGCUGAUAUUACAGCCACUGCGUUUCUACUAAAAGGGUUCAAAGUUUAUUAUUUGGAAUCAUUUAUAGAGGGAAAGGGAAGUGAUAUCGUACCAACUCCUUUAGUUCCGUUUGCAGUUGACUAUUUCAAAUCAGAUUGUGGUAUUAUGAUAACAGCAAGUCACAAUCCAGCCCAGGAUAACGGAUACAAAGUAUACUGGAAUAAUGGAUGUCAAAUAAUACCACCAUAUGAUCAAUCAAUUGCCGAAUCAAUUCUUCAAAACUUGAGACCAGCAGAUAAUGCAUGGGAUAUUGAUAAUGUUUUCAAAAUUUCUAAAGAAAACAAAAGUCUAUUAUUUUCUAAAGAAGAAAUACUUACAGCAUAUUUAUUGCAUAUAAAUGCUAACCUUUUGAAGACAAAAGUCCCAGAUGUGAAAUUCAUUUAUACACCAAUGCAUGGUGUUGGAUUAGAAGUUUUCAGCAAAGUCAUUAGUAUGCUAGGUACUAACUCUUUGCUUACUGUGGGAGAGCAAGCACAACCUGAUCCAUAUUUUCCAACAGUUAAAUUCCCAAAUCCUGAAGAAAAGGGCGCUCUAGAUCUUGCCAUGAAGAAAGCUGAUGAGCAAGGUAUUGAUCUUGUUUUAGCAAAUGACCCUGAUGCAGAUAGAUUUUCAGCUGCAGUCAAAACUAAUGGAAAAUGGAGACAAUUGACAGGUAAUGAGAUUGGAUUUUUAUUUGCAGAUUAUAUUUAUAACACAUAUGAGGGUGAAUUAUCCAAGGUUUAUUUUAUAAAUUCUACUGUUUCCUCUCAAAUGAUCGCUUCAAUGUGCCUUAAACGUGGGCUGAAUUAUGCAGAUACUUUGACUGGAUUUAAAUGGAUUGGGAACAAAGCCAUAGAUUUAGAGAAACAAGGAUAUAAGGUUCCAUUUGGAUAUGAAGAAGCUAUUGGCUUUAUGUUCAAUGGUAUCCAUGAUAAAGAUGGUAUAGCUGCAGCUGUCGUUUUCUUGCAAAUGGUCCAAUUCUGGAAAGAAAAUAACACAUCUGCUAUUGAAGUAUUAGAAAAAGGAUUCGAAAACUUUGGAUAUUUCAAAGAAUACAAUUCUUAUUACAUUGUUCCACAAUUACCGCUCACCAAAAUAAUUUUUGAUACUAUUCGUCAUGAAAAAAAGGUCGGAUCUGCUAGCUUCCCAGAUCACCUAGGUCAGUAUUCGAUAACAUAUUGGAGGGAUUUAACUAUAGGAUUUGAAUCAGAUACUAUCAACAAUGUCCCUUUAUUACCAAUUGAUUCUUCUUCACAAAUGAUCACCGCAAAGCUUCUGACUGAUAAUAAUACCGAGUACAUUAGAUUCACAAUGAGAGGAUCAGGAACUGAACCAAAAUUGAAAAUUUACAUCGAAGCUAGAGCUGAUACAGAGGACCGCGCUACAUUUUUAGCGAAAGAUGUUUGGGAUACUUUGCGUAAAGAGUGGUUCAAACCAGAUGAGACUGGAUUGCAAGAAGCUUGA